AUGGCAUUAGACAGACGCGACUUGCUGCCGGGUACACUUUCCUGCAGGAAGCCUGAGGCAAUAGAGAAGGAGAGGUUUUUCAAAAGUAACUGUUACAAAAGAGCAAGAAUACAUGCUGGCGAAGCCCAUGGGCUGAUCCUCGUGUUUCCAUCCCCCCAUCACCUAGGGAUUACUGAUUUCCUAUUCGUUGCGAUGUGUCAGAACUACGGAAUACUGGAUGGAAGAUGUCGCUUGCCGGAGAGGGCAGGGGGGGAGCUAGGGAUCAUAAACGUAUCCCGUCAACUCGGAUCUCGCAUAUCCACGGUUUUGGAAAAGAAAGUAUGCUACUGUCGGUCGCCGUCCUUUCUCAUCCGGCGUGGAAGGGUUCUAGGUGAUUUGAUAAUUCUCAUCCGGCCUGGGGCCUCCUCCAACGAGCUGGCUGGUAUUCCUUUCUUCCCUUCGAGAAAGAGGGUGGCGAUGGUGGUGAUUUACGUGCAGGAGGAGAGAGAGGGUGGUGAGGAGGGACAGACAUCACGUCACGUUUCACGGCUUCUCCAUAUCUCGAGCGGUCUAGAAUCAGAAAAGGGGUCCAGAACCAAGAAUCAAGAAAGACAGGAAGCAGGAGGCAGGCAGAAGGAGAAAUGUAAUCCGUCUUACCGUACAGUAGAUGUAGGCUUUUACGCCAGCGUAUAUGCAGGCGGACAGAAAUUUGGCGGGAGUGAAUGGGGCUUUGGAAUUGAGGAACACGUUUCCAAGUGUACGUUUGACGUAUAUGGUCCUGCUUCUCCGGAUUCGCGCGCCUGGAUCUGGGCCACUGCCAUCUCCUGGACCAAAUGGAACGUGGAUAUGCUCUGGAUGUUUGCUAAAGCAUUACCAGGAUCAGGCUGGGUUCGUGGCCGGAGCCGAGACCAACGAGCCAUGCGCAAGCGCGCGGCGGGUAUUGGCAACGUGGCUGUUUUCCAAGACCAUCCAAGAGACAAGAGAGAAACCGGGCUACACCAUUACCAGGACCAGGUUUUCAUACGCCAACAAAAGGCCAUAGACGGUGUGCUGGGAUCCCCUUCUUACAUUAUUGUCGAGAUGAACAGGUGGUCCGUAGCGCAGAAAAGCAAGUGCAUGUUUGCUUGCUUGGUCCAAGGAGAACAUCUGUCUGGGCCACUGGUGGCUCUGUUCUGCAUCCCCUACCACCACCUCUUCUUUCCGGGAGCUGCCGUGAAUCAAAUGCGGGCUUGUGGAAAGUGGGCAGCUGCGGCACGGCCUUGGUCGGUAUGGCAUUCGCUGUUCGUCAUUCUCCUAUUGCUUUCCCAAAUGUAUCCCUUUUGUUACCCGAGGGGCCGAGGACUUGUCGUCGGGGAGGCGGACGUUGUCACCGGAUUCAAGCGUCCACAGCUCCGUGACUGCGACCGCAUAUUACAGGCGUAUGUACGUAGAGUCGGGCGGCAUAUGCAUAGCACUUCGCUCCCUUCACUGCCUGCCGCUUUACCUCCACAGUGA